AUGAAGCAGCAGCAGCAACAACCGCCGCCGCCGCCUUUCGAUAGAACCGACUUCGUCCCAAGUCACUCGGCCGACCACAUUCUUCCCGCCGACCCCCUUUUCAACCGCCUGCUCACCCUUGCACAUCGCCCCAAUCCCAGGCCGGCGAUACGCGAUGUCAAUGCAGGGAUUGAAAGGACAGCCGCCCAGCUCCUGAGUGACGUCCUCGUCCUUCGCCGGGUACUGAAGGCUUCCUUGACACACGAAACCGUCCAAGACUUGCAGAAUGGGCGAGAAGUCUACGUCAGUCUAGUGGCACCCGGGGGUUAUGAAUUUGUGGUGGGUGUACUCGCCAUCCUGGCCCUGGGUGCUGCCGCCUCGCCCUUCAGCACCGCUCAGCCCGUCAAGGAAGGUUGCUACUAUGUCAACAAGGCGAGGUCGGUAGCUCUCGUCACGGCGACGCCAGCUCUACAGCUAGGUGAGGAGGUUGCACGCGAGAUCCGCAACACGACAAAUCCCGAUUUUGCCUGUGUGCCCAUCAGUGUGAUUGAACAAGAGCCUCCUUUUCCACUGGACGAUAUCAAGAUCUCCUCCAACCGAUACCUAGAUCCCAAUGCCCCGGGCGUGGUCAUUUUUACCUCUGGCACCACCGGCCCACCAAAAGGAGGCGUGCUCCGUCGCGCUGCCAUGGUGGAUGGGUCGAUGUGUUUUGCACAGCAGAUAGGCCUACAGGAAACCGAUGUUCUUCUCCAUCUUCUUCCCGUUCACCACGCCACUGGAAUUUGGGUGUCAUUCUUCCCCUUCAUCCAGACGGGUGCCUGCAUUGAGUUCAAGUCUGGCAGUUUCGAUCCAGAAUGGACGUGGAAUCGGUGGCGGCAAGGUGGGCUGACGCACUUCACGGGUGUACCGACGAUAUAUAUGAGAAUGAUGCGGUACUACCAGGAGCGCAUUGCGAAACUCCCCCCGAAUGAGGCAGCGGGUUACAAAGCCGCCGCCGCCGCGUUCAAAAUGUGUUUGUGUGGCACCUCCGCCUUGCCCAAACCGAUCAAUGACUUCUGGACAAGUCUCCUCGGGAGGCGGAUUGUACAGCGGUACGGAUCGACCGAGCUAGGGGUCGUCUUCAACAUGCCCGCGGACCCCAGCGAGGACAUCCCCGAUGGCUCCGUGGGCGAACUGACCUAUGGCGUGGACGUGAAGCUCUCCGAGGGAGACGAAGGCGAAAUCCUCGUCAAGUCCUUCACCAUGUUCUCCAAGUACCUGCACGAUCCCGAAGCCACGGCAAACGCGCACGACGCCGACGGCUACUUCAAAUCCGGCGACGUGGCCCGUCGAGAAGGAAAGUACUACUUCAUCGUCGGCCGCGCCUCUGUCGACAUCAUCAAAUCCGGUGGGUACAAGAUCUCGGCGUUGGACAUUGAGCGAGAAUUGAUGGCUUUGCCGUACAUCGGCGAGGCCAUGGUGGUAGGUGUGCCCGACAUGGAAUUCGGGCAGCGCGUCGGCGCAGUCAUAUCCCUGCGCAACGACGAGGUAGCCCAGGAAUUUUACAGGCAGAACAAUAGGGACCCCGACAGAUUGAGUCUGGACGACCUGCGUGCCGAUGUGCGCGAUCGUCUCGCCGGGUACAAGCUGCCGACCCUGCUGAGGAUCAUCAAGGGCGAGCUCCCCAAGAGCGGGACGGGGAAGGUGGUGAAGAAGACUCUCGGACCACAGUACUUCCCGGCCAACUACAUUGAAGACAAGGACGUGCAGAUCUGGUCGAGGAAAGCCACCGCAAGGGCGUCCAAGUUAUGA